AUGGCCAUUAAUAACAGGACAUUAAAGGAGUUGGCUGCUCCUAAUUUGAACCAACAGUCUUUAUGUAUUGAGUACCCUAAUUUAGAUGCUACUUUUGAGUUAAAAUCAGGACUCAUACAUUUGUUGCCUACUUUUCGUGGUCUUGCAGGUGAGGAUCGUCAUAAGCAUUUGAAAGAAUUCCAUGUGGUGUGUUCAAGCCUGAAACCACAAGGAGUGACAGAAGAACAAAUUAAAUUGCAUGCUUUUCCAUUCUCACUAGCUGAUGCAGCAAAGGAUUGGUUGUUUUACUUACCUCCAGGUUCUGUAACUACAUGGACAGGGAUGGUCAGAUUGUUUCUUGAUAAAUUUUUCCCUACUUCACGAGCUGCUAGCAUCAGAAGGGAGAUAUGUGAAAUAAGGCAAAAAGAUACAGAAACCCUUCACGAGUAUUGGGAAAGAUUUAAAAAAUUAUGUGACAACUGUCCUCAACAUGGAAUUUUUGAACAGCUUCUCAUUCAGUAUUUCUAUGAAUGGCUACUACCUAUGGAGAGGGAAAUGAUGGAUGCAGCUAGUGGAGGAAAUUUGCAACAAGUCAAAGCUUGUGGAAUUUGUGCUGCUACUGGUCAUCCAAAGAAUAUGUGCCCUACACUUCAAGAAGAUUCUUUAGAGCAUGUCAAUGCAGAGACAAGAACAAGCAUCAAGCAAUUGGAGAAUCAAAUUAGUCAACUAGCAACAUCAGUGAGCAGGCUUGAAGCUCAAGGUUCUGGGAAAUUACCUUCCCAAACAGUAGUAAAUCCUCGAGAAAAUGUAAGUGUCAUUAUGUUGCGAAGUGGAAAAGAAUUUGACAUCCCUGUUCAGAAUCCUAUAGAAUUGGAUAAGAAGACUCAAAAAGAAGAGGCAGAAAAUGAGGCGAUAAUCUCUUCUAAGGUAAUCUCUCAAACAAUUGUGCAUAAUUCUGAUAAACCUAAUCCUCUUCCUUUUCCUAGCAGGUUAUCUAAAUCUAAAAAGGAAGAUCAAGAAAAGGAUAUCUUGGAGAUUUUUCGAAAGGUAGAAGUGAACAUUCCUUUAUUGGAUGCCAUUAAGCAAGUCCCAAGGUAUGCAAAAUUUCUCAAGGAAUUGUGCACCAACAAGAGGAAGUUGAAAGGUAAUGAGAAGGUAAGUAUGGGAGAGAAUGUUUCAGCCAUCCUUCAAAAGAAAUUACCUCCCAAAUGCAAGGACCCAGGUAUGUUCACUAUCCCUUGCAAAGUAGGUAAUGUUAAGAUUGAGAAAGCAAUGUUAGAUCUAGGAGCUUCAAUAAAUGUCAUGCCUCUUUCUGUUUAUUCAUCUUUGAAUAUUGGUCCAUUGAAAGAAACAUGUAUGACUAUUCAACUUGCUGAUAGAUCUAAUGUGUAUCCUGAGGGAGUUCUUGAGGAUGUUUUAGUGCAAGUUAAUGAAUUGGUUUUUCCUAUUGAUUUUUAUGUACUUAACAUGGAAGAAGAUGACUCAUCUAAUCUAGCACCAAUCUUAUUAGGGAGACCAUUUAUAAAAACAGCAAGGACAAAGAUUGAUGUUCAUGAUGGUACCCUUACCAUGGAGUUCGAUAGGGAGAUUGUGAAAUUUAAUAUAUUUGAUAACAUGAGGUACCCUAAUGAUGUUCAAUCUACAUUUUCUAUUGAUGUGGUUAAUGUUUUUGUACAGGAGACUUUUGAGUUGAGACAUGAGGGCAAGAGGAAGGUAAGGACAAAGGAUAAGAAAAAGGACAAGACAAAGGCAUUUCAAGAUAGAAUGGUUGCUAGAAAGCAAUUUGUGUUUGGACAAAAAGUUUUACUUUACAAUUCAAGACUCAAAUUAAUGCCAGGUAAGUUACGUUCUCAUUGGAUUGGUCCUUUUGAAGUUACUAACGUAUUUUCUUAUGGUGCAAUUGAGGUACAAAGCCUAGGAACUAAUAAGGUGUUUAAGGUCAAUGGGCAUAGGCUUAAGCCAUUUCAUGAAGGUUUUCAGGAGCAAACUGUGGAUGAAGUGCAAUUGAGAGAUCCAACUUAA